GUUUAUAGCUCGGCUCGGCCAUGGAAGGCAGCAAUGCGUUCGUCUACGAUCGACUGGCGCCGAUCGGCAUGGAUUUCGCCCUAGGUGAUGCAGAUGAGAUUGUAGAGGCGCCGGCUGUGAGAAGCGAGGAUGGAAAUCCGGGUGCUUCCGCCGCUCCGGGAAGCGUGAUUGAAAUCAGCGAUGGCGAGGCGGAGAUUGACUACAUUUCGCUCGCUGUCGACGGGCUUGUGAAAGCCGUGGAGCAGGAAGAGGAUCCCGACGAGGCCUUGGUAAAUCUCGCCGCCAGUGACGAGUUGGACCUGGAAGUGGACAACUACAAUGACAAGAAGAUUUGGCCGUGGAUGGAGGCUAGAGAAACGAAUUUCCGGAGUCCAGUGCUCCAGCUCCAUCAAGAGAUUUUAGAUUUUUGUACGUUCAUCUCACCGACUGUGGAGGAAGAGGCCGAACGUGCUGCAGCUAUUAAUCGUAUAAGCAAUGCGAUAAAGUCGCUGUGGUCACACUGUAAGAUUGAAAUUUUUGGAUCAUAUGCUACUGGGCUCUAUCUUCCGACGAGCGACAUUGAUGCUGUGAUUCUAGACUCAGGAUGCGAUAGGAUCGUAAGCGGUCUUAGAGCAAUUUCCAUAGAGCUUAGGAAGCGAAAGUUGGCCAGGAAAAUAACGAUCAUAUCAAAAGCACGCGUCCCGAUUAUAAAGUUUGUGGAAUCAACGAGUGGAAUUUCAUUUGAUAUCAGUUUCGAUUUAAGAAAUGGACCCGAAGCAGCAAAGUUCAUACAGCGAGCUAUUGGAACUUUGCCUCCUCUGCGGCCUUUAUGCAUGGUGCUAAAGAUCUUUCUUCAACAAAGAGAACUGAAUGAGGUGUACUGUGGUGGAAUAGGCUCAUAUGGUCUUCUAAUCAUGCUCAUUACGCAUCUUCAGAUGCACCCGAGUCGGCAUCAUGGCGGCAAUCUCGAAACUAAUCUGGGUGUUUUGCUGCUGGACUUCUUUGAUUUGUUUGGUCGUAGUCUCAACAUAAGAGAGGUUGGGGUCUCUUGCGCUGAUGGUGGAAGGUUUUUCUCGAAGGUUUCGAAGGGGUUUGUUGAUUACAAACGGCCGUUUUUGCUAGCUGUCGAGGAUCCUCAGGCACCAGAGAACGAUAUAGGAAAGAACUCUUUCCAGAUUCCCAAGAUCCGUGCGGCAUUCGUCCUUGCCCACAGGCUGUUGGCAACGACUACUGCAAACACUGGAAAUACUGGAAUACUGGGCCGAAUCAUUCGCGGCGACAGCAUUCUAACCAACAGGAAGCGCACGACGGCCGGUGACGCUAAGGCUUGCACGUACUUUUUCGAUCCAAUAGAGGAGCUACCCGAUGCCGACACAAUGCAGCCGAAGAAGUUCAAGUACAAGAAGAGACACAGGCCGGACGACUCCAAGCAGCACAAGAAAAAGAAACGGGAGGAACACGAGGAACGCAGGAAACGAAAGCGCGAUGAGGCCUCCUCGUCAAGCCGGAACUCAAGGUGGAAGAAAGUGGAGGAGAGGGAAUCGCCAGGCCCGAGAUUGUCGAGGAGGACUACAUACACUGAUCACUGCGACCACGACGGCGUGGACACGGGCCUAAAGAGAGUCAUCGUGGCCUCGCCUUCGCACAAAAAGUUUAAGUACUCGUGAGAAGAGACCCCUCAAACUAAACCAAAGCCUUACGACCGCGAAA